CAAAUACUUUACUGGGUUCUGAAAGGGUUCUCUUCAGAAUCGGAUUUAUUUUUACUAUGCCGAUAAGAUUCCUUUUAAAUGACUGAUGGAAAAAAGGGGGCUUUCGUGAUAAAUCUUGAAUGUCCCUUUUAGCUUUUUAUGUAUAGAUUUCAUUACUACGCUUGUUUUAGCGAUUCGUGAUGAUAUGAUUCUUUACCAGUCUAGUUUUUGCUUUGAAAUAUAAAUAUAUAUAUAUAUAUAGCAAUGAAGUAAAAGAUGAUAUACCUUGUGUUCUAGCUUGACUUUGUGAACAUCCGAUAGGUUUUGGUCAAAAACUUGGAUAUUGCCAAGCAAAUCAGUUAAUUGAUAAUCAAGAAUCUAUUGUCAACAAGGCGGAAAAUUUAAUGGAUGAAUCACCAUUUCUUAAACUGAAGCGGUGGCAAUGGUGGCUUUUGGUGGCAAUCAACAUAUUCUUCCUCAUUGCUGGCCAAGCUGCAGCAGUUCUUCUGGGGAGAUUUUAUUAUGAUAAAGGUGGAAACAGUAAAUGGAUGGCCACUCUUGUGCAAACUGCUGGCUUCCCAGUCCUUUGUAUCCCCUGGUUUCUUCUUCGCCCUUCUCGGGAAGCUUCGACUUCUUCCACUUCACCUUCCAUCAAAACCCUUGCUCUGCUAUAUUUUGUUCUUGGUGUACUUCUUGCUGGUGACAAUAUGUUGUAUUCUGUAGGGCUUUUGUAUCUCUCAGCCUCUACUUAUUCGCUCAUUUGCGCAACUCAAUUAGCUUUCAAUGCAGUUUUUUCCUACUUCCUUAACUCACAGAAGGUCACUGCUUUGAUUCUCAACUCAGUGGUCAUCCUGUCAUUGUCUGCUGCCUUAAUUGCAGUGAAUGAUGAUUCAGAUGGGCCAUCAGGAGUUCCCAAGGGGAAGUUCCUUAUCGGCUUUCUCUGCACCCUUGGAGCUUCUGCCCUUUAUUCCCUUUUGCUUUCCGUUAUGCAACUUUCAUUUCAGAAGGUUUUGAAAAAGGAAACAUUUUCUGUCGUUUUGGAAAUGCAAAUCUGUACAUCAGUUGUUGCAAGCUGCCUAUCGUCUACCGGCCUCUUUGCAAGUGGUGAAUGGAAGAGUUUGCAGCACGAGCUGGAGGUAUUUGGCACCGGAAGAGUUUCAUACGUGCUGACAUUGGUGUGGACUGCUAUAACUUGGCAAGUAUGUGCUGUUGGUGUUGUGGGGUUGAUUUUUGUUGUGUCAUCUCUCUUCUCAAAUGUAAUCAGCACUCUGUCUCUGGCUGUUACCCCACUAGCUGCACUGGUAGUUUUCCAUGACAAGAUGAAUGGUGUGAAGGUAAUAGCCAUGCUUUUGGCUCUUUGUGGUUUUGCUUCUUAUAUUUAUCAAAAUUAUAUUGAUGAUAAGAAGGCAAGGAGGUUGCAGACCCAUGUCCGGGAAAUCCAGCAUACUGCUUGAUAUGUUUGGUACCAAUGUAGACACACUCAAUAUUUUCUGUGAAAUUAUGUCUGUUUUUUGUUCAACUGGGAGACCAAACAUUAGUUUAUAGCUUACUACAUUGCAACAAGAUCUCUAAAGAUAUAAAGCAAGUUAUUUAUAAGCAAAGCACUAGUGUUUGUUAGUUUAAUACUCAGGAUUUUGCAGGGAAGAGCAUUUGUAUUUGCUGAACUUCGAUUAAUACAACUGAUUUUUUAUGGUUCA